AAGAAGCAAGUUGAAAUCGAAACGAGCGUCUUGUUCUGCAACUGCAAACUGCAAAGCCAUUCUCAUGUAUUUUUUCGAAUAUUAACAAUUCCAUCAAAUAUUCUCGCAAGUAAAAAUUUAACUGUAUCAUUAAUAAUUCAUUCUUAACAAAUUAAAAGGAUACUUGUUCAUCAAUUUCAUAUCUUUGGCAAGAUAAAUUAGAUUAACUCAACAUGUUGAUCAAAGUCAAGACAUUAACAGGAAAAGAGAUUGAGAUCGACAUCGAGCCAACAGACAAGGUCGAAAGGAUAAAGGAGCGAGUAGAGGAGAAGGAAGGAAUUCCUCCUCAACAGCAGAGACUUAUCUUCUCCGGCAAACAAAUGAAUGAUGAGAAGACGGCGCACGACUACAAGGUACAAGGAGGCUCGGUGCUGCAUCUGGUGCUGGCGCUGCGUGGAGGCUCUCUGUGAUCCGCUUACCUCUCGUUGUUGUCUGACAUUACAUAUGCAACACAUUUAAUUUAUACGGUUUCUAAUUAAUUAUUAUGAUGUUUCUAUAAUUUUAAUAAAUGUAAUAAUUCAUUA